AUGAUAAAUGAAGAGGAUGAAGAACCAUAUUACCAUGAUACACAGUUCGACUAUGGUGGUUUGGAGGAGAAAGUUGCGCCUACACCUACGCAUGGUGAGCCGUCACAAGACGUGGGUGAACAUGACACAAAAAUAGUGACUCCUAUUGGUAGGCCGCAACGAAAGAGGGUUGUUGCAUGGUAUCAGCGGACUCCGUUCACAGUGAUGCAAUCGACAGCAAAAUUGAAGAAAAUCAGCAAGACAAGGAAGAAAAAAAUAGAGGAGAGUCCUAAAAAAACAAAUGAGGACAUUGUCAAUGCAGAGAGUAGUGACGUUUCAAACCAUCUCUUGUUGGACAGUAUUUAUAGUAAUAGUCCGAUGAGUUUUUGGAAAGAAUGGAGUGUGCUCUCUUCCAAACUCAUCACUAAACAUAGGCUGCAUAUUCUCCCACUAGAUAUGGGUUUUUGGUCGAGGUUACUUUCUGUUACUAACAAAGGGUGGUUACUUUCUUCGGUAACAUUCCUUUAA